AUGGAAGUCCAAGCAGAUGGAGACCAUUUCAUAAGCUCGCAGUUGGGAGGCUUGGCAGGCACCCAAAUGGCUCUAAGAGCUGCAAUUGAGCUGAAAGUGUUCAAUAUAAUCGCAGAUGCAGGGCCUGAUGCUCAUCUUUCUGCAGCAGAGAUAAUUUCAAAGAUCCCAACAAAAGAUCCAAGUUCUGCAGCAUGGACUUUGGAGAGGGUGCUAAGAGUUCUUGGUGGAAACUCCAUCUUAUCAAUAAUAUCUCGGAAGCCGUCAGGAAAUAAUGGAGAACAUGGACGCCAUGAAUGGACCUAUGGCCUGACAAAGAAAAGCCGACGCUUAGCGAGUAGCAGUAGUACCACCGACGAGCUGCUCGCCAUUCUACAAGGCCUAUGGAGUGAACUUUUUGACUACAUGGGAGAGAAGCCAAGAUUGAGACAACUGUUCGAUGAGUUUAUGGAAGUUAGCGGUAAAUUACAGUUUGAGGAUGUGUUCAAGUUGUACGGUGGCUUCAAAGAUUUGAAGGAGUUGAUGGAUGUGGGGGGCGGCAUUGGAACCACUCUUGCAAAGAUAACCUCUACGUAUCCACACGUUCGGGGAUUGAACUUUGAUCUGCCCCAUGUAAUUGAUGCUGCUCCCAAGCUCCCAGGUGUAAAGCAUGUGGCUGGAGAUAUGUUCAAAUGGAUCCCAAAUGCCCAAACAAUUUUAUUGCAGUGUAUACUCCAUAACUGGGAUGAUGAGCAUUGCAAGAAGUUGUUGAGAAAUUGUUGGGAAGCAUUACCACAAGAGGGAAAGGUGAUAAUCGUGGAAAUGGCAAUCUCUGAAGAAUUGGAAAACAAUGUCGAGGCAAAGGACGUUCUAAUGGAAGACUUCUUUAUGAUGCUCCUGACAAAUGGAGGUAAAAAGCGAACACUAGCAGAAUUCAAGGAUCUGGGCAAUGCUGUAGGGUUUACUAAAGUGGACAUCUUCCAAUGCCUCAUUGGUCAGUUCAUGUUAUAG